UCGGAAUUUGACGUUUCAAAAGUUUUCGAUUACAUUACGUAAAUAAUAUGAACAUCAGUUCAGAAAUAAAAGAUGUUACUGAAGAAACUAAACAUAUAUCUGGAACUGGAAAAUUUUUAUUAGCUAUAACAGGUGGAAUUGGUAUUGGAAUAACAGUAAUAUGUUCCUCCUUCGUAACUCCUGCUUUAAGGCGUCACUGUUUACCUUUUGUACCUGCCACUACAACUCAAAUACAAAAUGUCUUAAAAGGUGUUAUGCAAAGAAAAGGAAAAUUGAUAGACAUUGGAUCAGGAGAUGGCCGAAUUGUUAUUGCUGCAGCCAAAAAAGGCUUUCAAUCUGAUGGUGUUGAGGUCAACCCUUGGCUUGUUAUGUAUUCAAGAAUAUCAGCAUUUAAACAAAAUGUUCAUAAAAUGACAAAUUUUUAUAGACAAGACUUAUGGAAAUUUUCUUUAUCACCAUAUAAAAAUAUUGUAAUUUUUGGAGUUGAAGAAAUGAUGCAAGAUGUAGAAAAUAAAAUAUUAAAAGAAUCUGAAAAUGAUACUAUGGUUGCAGCUUGCCGAUUUCCAUUUCCAAAUAUGAAACCAAAUGAAACUAUUGGUGAAGGUAUAGACACUGUUUGGAUUUAUAAAAUAAUAAAAUAA